AUGAAUGUCCUGCCAAAGGAUGAUUUGCCCGAUUCGAAGAGUCCUAAUCUCAUCCUUCAACAUCCGACUGAGGAUGAGUGUAUCACCAUCUGGAACAACACUUCCGCUGAAUGGAUCGAUUCUCUUACCCUUCCCCUCUAUCUGAAAGAGUGUCGUCUCCUUAGAACAGUCCCUCUGGCUAGAAAUGGGGGUAUGACUACUUGGAUUCUCGUCCACAAAGAUUCCGUCCCAAACAAACGACAUAUCUUAUGUUCGUGCGAAACUUUCAGGAAACAGUCUUUGACCAGUAACACACAAGGAGAAGUUAGCGAUAGUAUCGUACAUGGAAUUGCUAGCGUCUUCUGUGCACCAUCGUACCGCCGUCGUGGUUACGCCGGUCGCAUGAUGCAAGAGUUGGUCAAGGAACUGUACAGAUGGCAAACUGAUAAAUUUCCCUGCAUUGGAACCACGCUCUACUCCGAUAUUGGGAAAGAGUACUACGCGAAGCUGGGAUGGACUCCAAAUAUUACAAACUCACAAGUGGAAUUUCCGCCGAAGCCCAUCGUGUGGCCAUCCCUGGUCAAGCCGAUCCUGGAGAACGAUCUUGACGACAUCUGCAAGAGAGAUGAAGCUUUGGUACGCUCUCAGAUGUCAGUGCCUGCAGAUGAGAUCAAAAGCACACGUUUCACAAUCGUACCGAACGUGGACCACAUGGGCUGGCACAUCGGAAAGGAACAAUUUGCGACCGACUAUCUCUUCGGAAAAACUCCAACUGCGAAGGGCGCCAUCGCAGGAUCUCCAGGCAAGCAAGUAUGGGCAACAUGGGUACACCGAUAUUAUGGUUCCCUCGAUGCCGAGAAGCCACGCAACGUUCUGUACAUACUUCGGCUAGUCGUAGAGGCUGAUGAAACGGCAACAAGGCUUCGCAGGGAUGCUGUCAAAAGACCCGAAAAAGAUGUCUACGACAUGCAGAUUGAGCUUUUGAAGGCUGUAUUGCAAGCUGCGCAAGCUGAAGCUGCUGAAUGGAAGCUCGACGUAGUGGAGCUGUGGGACCCAACGCCACUAGUAUUGGGCAUGCUGAAGGACAGCGGAUUGGAACACACUGUCACAGAGCGGGAGAAGGAUCACCUUGCUAGUUUGCUGUGGUACGACCAGCAGGGUGGAAUGAGCAAAGAGCUGCCAUUGUGGGUGAACAAUGAGCACUAUGCAUGGCAGUAA